CAGGCGAUGGUUUCAACCUGUCGAGCGACAUUUUACCUGCUCCCGAUGCUGCUGCCGAUGAUUCAGAAGAUUUAGACGACCUGAACGACGAAUCUUUCCACAGCUCAGACAGCGAACACGAGGCCUGUAGGAUGGACAGAAUGAGGAAGAAAUUGCAUGUCACCAAAGAGAAUCUGGUGUUCUCAGCUGCCGCUAAGGAGAGACCGCCUAUGGGUAUCGCGUUCAACUUCUCCAUGAAACUGUGUUACAACAUGAUGAGCUCGUUACGUGACACCAUACCACCGGCGCUGUUUGUGUGGUGCAAAGGAGUGCUGAUAGGAACGAGUGCGCAGAUGUCUUUCUUUGGGUCAGUGACAGCCGGUACGUGCUAUGCAUUCACACGUCUAGAUAAUGGCAGCUGGUCAUGGCCUGCACAGUAUGGCGUCGUGGGGGCAGGGGCCUAUUUCGGUAUGUGCG